CCCCAUCCUUUCCGACAGGAGAACUAUGAUGAUCCCCACAAGCCAGCUGCUUCUCCUGUUGUCCACAUCAGGGGUCUGAUCGAUGGUGUGGUGGAAGCUGAUCUCGUGGAGGCCCUGCAGGAAUUUGGCCCUAUCAGCUAUGUGGUGGUGAUGCCCAAAAAGAGGCAGGCCUUGGUGGAGUUUGAGGAUAUCCUGGGAGCUUGCAAUGCGGUCAAUUACGCAGCUGACAACCAGAUCUAUAUCGCGGGGCACCCAGCCUUUGUCAACUAUUCCACAAGCCAGAAGAUCUCGCGCCCGGGCGACUCGGAUGACUCCAGAGGGGUCAACAACGUCCUGCUUUUCACGAUCCUCAAUCCCAUCUACUCCAUUACAACGGAUGUGUUAUAUACCAUCUGCAACCCGUGUGGCCCUGUUCAGCGGAUUGUUAUCUUCCGGAAGAACGGCGUCCAGGCUAUGGUGGAGUUCGACUCGGUGCAGAGCGCGCAGAGAGCAAAGGCUUCCCUGAACGGGGCCGAUAUUUACUCUGGCUGCUGUACACUGAAGAUUGAAUAUGCCAAGCCUACCCGUCUGAAUGUGUUCAAGAACGACCAGGAUACAUGGGAUUACACCAACCCCAACCUCAGUGGACAAGGUGAGCCAGGUGGGAACCCUAAUAAGCGACAGAGGCAGCCUCCUCUCCUCGGGGAUCAUCCCGCUGAAUAUGGAGGACCUCACGGUGGCUACCACGGGCACUACCACGAUGAAGGCUAUGGCCCUCCACCCCCUCACUACGAAGGAAGGCGGAUGGGCCCACCGGUGGGUGGCCGGCACAGGGGACCAAGUCGCUACGGGCCUCAGUAUGGACAUCCCCCUCCUCCCCCUCCGCCCCCCGGGGACGGCCCCCACGCCGACAGCCCUGUCCUGAUGGUGUAUGGCUUGGAUCAGUCCAAGAUGAACUGCGACCGGGUCUUCAACGUCUUUUGCCUGUAUGGAAAUGUCGAGAAGGUGAAAUUCAUGAAAAGUAAGCCCGGGGCGGCCAUGGUGGAGAUGGCUGAUGGGUAUGCAGUGGACCGAGCAAUCACCCACCUGAACAACAACUUCAUGUUUGAUCAAAAGCUGAAUGUCUGCGUGUCCAAGCAACAGGCCAUCAUGCCUGGCCAGUCUUACGGCCUCGAGGACGGUUCCUGCAGUUACAAGGAUUUCAGUGGUUCUCGGAACAACAGGUUUUCAACCCCGGAGCAGGCGGCCAAGAACAGGAUUCAACACCCCAGCAACGUGCUCCAUUUUUUCAAUGCCCCUCUGGAAGUGACAGAGGAUAACUUCUACGAGAUUUGUGAUGAGCUGGGAGUGAAAAGACCAUCUUCCGUGAAAGUGUUUUCGGGAAAAAGUGAAAGGAGUUCUUCUGGCUUGUUGGAGUGGGAAACCAAAGGCGAUGCUCUGGAGUCGCUGGCUUUCCUCAACCAUUACCAGAUGAAAAACCCAAAUGGGCCGUAUCCCUACACACUGAAACUCUGCUUCUCCACUGCUCAGCAUGCCUCGUAAGUUGUGUUGCAUUUUUGCCAAGGAAGACUUCUCCGUUACUCUUUUUGUGUGUGUGAGGGUUGGGUUUUUUCUCCUUUUUUUGCAAAGCACCCCUUUGUUCCCUUUUUUUAAAAAAGAAAGAAAGCUUAAGUAGAGGCUGCCCUACAGCUAUGUUGGCUGGGAAGAAGAGAAGCUCUGUGCUGUUCAAGUGACAUCUGGUUUUAAAACUAUCGUACAUGUGACUUGUUUUUUCCCCCGUUCAUACUAUGUGCUGCCUGUGCUACUUGGCACACCUUAAUAAAGCUGUUUGGAAAAUAAACUUGUUGUAAACCUU